CAUACAUACCCGCCUGCGUCCUGUCUUGCACUUCGCGCCGUGAUCGUGACCUGCCCUUAUUUCAACCUCGCCGUUGGUGACUCCCAUGCUGUCGAGCGUGAAGCUGUCUGGGACUUGAACGCGCCGGGAAUACUGGAUUGCGCUGCGCUGAAUUGAGGAGCCUCGGACCGUACCCCGCGUGGUGAGCGGACGACGUUCCGGCGUGGUGCUAUAUCGGCGGCGACUCGACUCGACUCGACACCACGUAUGACAACCGACGACUGGACGACUGUCAACCAGUGAGCGCACUCCUGCGCGAGGGGAAGCCAUCAUGGUGCAGCGAUCGACAUCGCGGUUCGCGUGCGCGCUCUUCGCGACCGUGGCCGCCGCAACGACGAUUGCGCCUGCCAACUCGUCGACAGCCUAUAACAACUACACGGGCACCAUCAAUCUGCAGGACAACCAGGGGAGAAACAUCACAACCCUAGUGCCGUUGACGUCGGGAGCGGACGACGUAGACCUCAACGCUGUCCUGUUCUACACAACCACAGAAACCGCGAACAAUAUCUCGCGUAACCAGAUCGCCUACGUCAGCUGCGACCUGUCCGAUUAUCCCGGCAACAUCCACGUCGACAGCAUCCUCUCAGAAUUGAGUCACAUUGCCAGCGGCGCCAUCCUCUACAGCACCACCGAAGACUACUGCAACUACACUUCCGACAAUGCCAACAUGGAUUUAUUUGCCCUCUACAGUACCACCAACAAGGGCGAUGCAAUCAGCCAGAAGGACACUCUCGAGGCGCUGCAACCGGGUCAGAUGUUUAACGCAAAGAUCACCCGCGCCAACACGCAGAACAACAGCACCGAUCCAACCCAAAAUCCAGGCCAGACGAACCCGCUGGGCCCGAGCCCGUCGACUGCAGUAGCCAUGAUUAUCCUGUACAGCAUCACGGGCGUCAUCACUGCGCUCUUCCUCGUCAUCAUCGUCACCGGUGCCGUGCGCGCGCACAGGCAUCCCGACCGCUAUGGACCACGGGAUGUCAUGGGACGCCCGCGGCAGAGCAGAGCGCGUGGUCUUGGAAUGGCGAUAUUGGAUACGAUUCCGAUUGUCAAGUUUGGCGAGCGCGAGCAGCCCAAACCUACGGACGUGGAGUUGGGGAGCACGUCCGAGGCGCGCGGUGUUGAUGGCACGGCGGAUGCCACUGCCACCACCACCCCGCCCGCUGACACGGCCCCCGCAACAGAAACAGGAACAGGGAGUCAUACACCUCCCACGGCCGCAGACCACGCAGAGCACCUAGACUCGGGCAUCGCGCCGGCUGCGGGGGCUGCUUCAGCAGCUGGUGCGAACGGCGCUGCGAGCGCAGAGGAGGGACUCGGGUGCUCCAUCUGCACCGAUGACUUCGAAAAGGGGCAGGACAUCCGUGUGCUGCCGUGCGACCACAAGUUCCACCCCGAGUGCGUGGAUCCGUGGCUGCUCAACGUGAGCGGCACGUGUCCGUUAUGCCGUGUCGACCUCCGCCCCACUACCUCGCACACCUCCAACGACGCCGAAGCUGACCCCAACUCCACCACCCUCGCCCCUCCCUUGCAGUCUGAAGAGCCCGCCAACCGCCGCCACUCCACCCUCCGCGACAUCCUGUCCUUCCGCAGCCGCCCUAACGCCUCGGCUGACGAGCGCAUUUCUGCUCUCCGCCGGUUGAGAGAACAGCGUAGGAAUGGCAGUGGGGAAGUAGCGGGUGUUGGUGCGAAUGUGAGUAGCGAGGAUGUAGGCGCGCAAGACAGGAGGAGGAGUAAGAGGAUGAGUUUGUUUGGGCGGAGACGUGGAGACAGCGUUCGUGAGGAACCUCCUUUCGCGGGCGAACCGUCUUCGGGCGCGGCAUCAGCUUCUGCUGCACCCCAGCCUGCCAGAAACGAUGAAUCCACUGCUCUGGUGAGAGAGGGCGAUGACACGACGGCUGGAGCUGUGGCACCCAACUCGAGCGUCAAUACCAGGAAUUAGGAUUCUUUCCUCACUUCUCCUUUCACAAUUUACCGCGGCGUUAUAUGGACUGGCCUGCUCUUUCCGUUUCUUGGAACUCGAUACCGACGCUUGCUGCAUUUCUCGGCGUUUCUCUCUGGCUUGGGUUUCUUAUGACUGGUAUCACGAGGAUGAGAUGAUGUGUAUAGGUUUCGGCGAGGGUGCGAAUAUGGAUGAUAUGGAGUAUAUACAAGUUUAGGUUAGUGUACGAUUUUGCGUAUACACGUAUGAUAUUCCGAGCAUAGAUGUUCUUAUCUAGAUCUGUGGAUGUUCCAUUCAAUCGUGAUAAAAGAGGGAGUGACGUGGAGGCUGCAUG